ACCAUGGAAGUUUAUCCUAAGAAUUUUCACAUUGCAGUUUUUCCAUGGCUUGCUUUUGGUCACAUAAGUCCAUUCUUUGAGCUUGCUAAACUUAUAGCUCAAAAGGGUCACAAAAUUUCCUUUAUUUCAACACCUAGAAACAUGAAACGUCUCUCUAAACUACCUCAAAAUUUACAACCUUUGGUAAACUUGAUAGAACUUCCACUUCCUCAUAUAGAAAAUCUCCCUAAGAAUGCAGAAGCCACUAUGGACAUUCCAACACACAUUGUUCCAUAUCUCAAGAAAGCAUUUGAUAGUCUUCAACAACCUUUGAUUGAAUUUUUGGAAAAAUCCAAACCUGAUUGCUUCAUAUAUGACUUUGCACCUUAUUGGUUACCACCAAUAUUAUCAAAGCUUGGCAUCUUAAGUAUAUUUUUCUCAAUUUAUAGUGCAUUUGGUAUGUCUUUUGCAGUGGAAUUCAUACGUGGAAGAAAGUCAAAUGAUGAUGACAGUAUUCUUUCUGCUGUACACUAUGAACAAAAUGAAUCUGGUGUUUCAGAUAAGCUCAGAGUCAAAGAAACCUGUUUUGGUGCUGAUUUUAUUGCUAUAAGAAGUUGCAUGGAUGGAGAUUGAAGGUAAGUAUAUCUUGAAUCACUUGAAAAUUUGAGCAAGAAAAAAGUUAUUCCAGUUGGAUUAUUGCCACCUUCACUACAAUUCAGUGAAGACAAAAAGGAUGAGAAUUGCUAUACAAUCUUUAAGUGGUUGGAUAAACAGGAAAAAAAGUCGGUGAUUUAUGUUGCAUUUGGAAGUGAAGUGACAUUAAGUGAUGAAGAAUUUUUUGAGAUAGCUAAAGGAUUAGAGUUAUCUAGUUUUCCUUUUCUUUGGAUUGUGAAAAACCAAGUUAAACAUGAUUGGCUUGUUGAGAAUCAAUUAAAUAAGAAUGGAUCACCACAGUUGAGAAUCUUAGCACAUGAGUCAAUUGGAGGAUUUUUAACACACUGUGGUUGGAGUUCAGUGAUAGAGAGUCUUAAAUUUGGAUGUCCACUUAUUAGGUUACCAUUUGAAAAUGAAGAAUGUUAUCUCAUAAGUUUGAAGAGAUGCAUCAUAUUUUCUUUUUAUGGAUCGUAG